GGGAACCUCUCCUUCCCCUCCUCCUUGCGGUCUACCGGUCUGCCUGCUCAGAUCCGCCGCUUAGUCGGGAUCCCUGGCGGGUAGCGCAACCGAGGGGGCGCGGCCAGGACCAGCAGGGGGGAACACGAGGCGGGGUACGGUGAUCCGGCUGCGGGACAGGCGAGAAAAUCCACUCCCGGACCUUGUCUAGGGGAUCGGAGGCCGCAGACCCAGAGUAGAGGUGGACCCGACCUGGACUAGGGGGUGGGGAGAGAGGAGAAACUGAUCAGCCCUGCAGGAGCUUGAGUGUCCUCAGGCGCAGCCCGGAGCAGGUGAACCGGUCAUCACCCCUCGGGGCUCGGCGCCCUCCCCGGCGUGGCCCGGGCGCGGGCGAGCUCCGGCUCUCAGCCAUGGGCCCCGGCCCCCGCCGCGCGCCCCGCGCCCCGCGCCCCAUGCUCUGCGCGCUGGCUUUGAUGGUGGCUGCCGGCGGCCGGGUAGCCUGCGCCUUCAACCUGGACACCCGAUUCCUGGUGGUGAAGGCCGGGAAUCCGAAGAGCCUCUUCGGUUACUCGGUCGCCCUCCAUCGGCAGACGGAGCGGCAGCAGCGCUACCUACUUCUGGCUGGUGCCCCCCAGGAUCUUGCUGUGCCCGAUGGCUAUACUAACCGGACCGGUGCUGUGUACCUGUGCCCCCUCACUGCCCUCAAGGAUGACUGUGAACGGAUGGACAUCACAGAGAAAAGUGAUCCUGACCGUCACAUUAUUGAGGACAUGUGGCUAGGGGUGACUGUGGCCAGCCAAGGUCCUGCAGGUCGAGUCCUGGUCUGUGCCCACCGCUAUACCAAGGUGCUGUGGUCGGGGCUGGAAGACCAGCGGCGCAUGGUGGGCAAGUGCUACGUGAGGGGUAACGACCUGGAGCUGGACUCUAGUGACGAGUGGCAGACGUACCACAAUGAAAUGUGCAACAGCAACACAGACUACCUGGAGACCGGCAUGUGCCAGCUGGGCACCAGCGGCGGCUUCACGCAGAACACUGUCUACUUUGGUGCCCCAGGAGCCUACAAUUGGAAAGGAAGUAGCUACAUGAUUCAGAGGAAGGACUGGGAUUUGUUUGAGUAUAGCUACAAGGACCCAGAGGACCAAGGAAAUCUGUAUAUCGGUUACACAAUGCAGGUAGGCAGCAACGUCCUGCACCCCAUGGACAUCACUAUUGUGACAGGCGCCCCACGGCACCGACAUAUGGGCGCCGUCUUCUUGCUGAGCCGGGAGACAGGUGGAGACCUGCGGAGGAGGCAGGUGCUGGAAGGCACACAGGUGGGCGCUUAUUUUGGUAGCGCCAUUGCCCUGGCAGACCUGAACAACGAUGGGUGGCAGGACCUCUUGGUGGGUGCUCCCUACUACUUUGAGCGGAAGGAAGAGGUAGGAGGUGCCGUCUAUGUCUUCAUGAACCAGGCAGGAACCUCCUUCCCCACCCAUCCAUCCCUCCUUCUUCAUGGCCCGAGUCGCUCCACCUUCGGCUUCUCUGUGGCCAGCAUUGGUGACAUCAACCAGGAUGGAUUCCAGGAUAUUGCUGUGGGAGCCCCAUUUGAGGGCUUGGGCAAAGUUUAUAUCUACCAUAGCAGCUCCGGGGGGCUCCUCAGACAGCCCCAGCAGGUAAUCCAUGGAGAAAAACUGGGACUGUCUGGCUUGUCCACCUUCGGCUACUCUCUGAGUGGACACAUGGAUGUGGAUGAGAACUUUUACCCAGACCUACUAGUCGGCAGUCUGUCAGACCACAUUGUGCUGCUGCGGGCUCGGCCUGUCAUCAACAUUGUCCACAAGACCUUGGUGGCCAGGCCAGCUGUGCUGGACCCCACACUUUGCACAGCCACCUCCUGUGUGCAGGUUGAACUGUGCUUUGCCUACAACCAGAGUGCUGGGAACCCCAACUACAGGAGAAACAUCACCCUGGCCUACACCCUGGAGGCUGACCGUGAUCGCCGCCCACCACGGCUCCGGUUUGCUCAAAGCCAGUCCGCCAUCUUUCAUGGCUUCUUCUCCAUGCCAGAGAUGCGCUGCCAGACUUUGGAUUUGCUUCUGAUGGACAACUUCCGUGACAAACUCCGGCCCAUUGUUAUUUCUCUGAACUACUCUCUACCUCUGCGGAUGCCAGAGCGCCCACGCCUGGGGCUGCGGUCCCUGGAUGCUUACCCAGUCCUCAACCAAGCCCAGGCUCUGGAGAACCACACUGAGGUUCAGUUCCAGAAGGAGUGUGGGCCAGACAACAAGUGCGACAGCAAUCUGCAGAUGCAGGCUGCCUUUGUGUCAGAGCAGCUGCAGCGGCUGAGCAGGCUCCAGUACAGCAGGGAUGUCCGGAAACUGCUCUUGAGCAUCAAUGUGACCAAUACCCCCAGCCCAGAGCGGGCUGGGGAGGAUGCCCACGAGGCGCUGCUCACCCUGGAAGUGCCUCCUGCCCUGCUCCUGUCCUCAGUGCGCCCUUCUGGAACUUGCCAAGCGAAUGAGACCAUCCUGUGUGAGCUGGGAAACCCCUUCAAAAGGAACCAGAGGAUGGAACUGCUCAUUGCCUUUGAGGUCAUCGGGGUGACCUUGAACACCAGGGACCUUCAGGUGCAGCUGCAGCUGUCCACGUCAAGUCACCAAGACAACCUUCGGCCCAUGAAUCUGACCUUGCUGGUGGACUACACACUCCAGGCAUCACUCAGCAUGGUGAAUCACCGGCUACAGAGCUUUUUUGGUGGGUCUGUAAUGGGUGAGUCUGGCAUGAAGACCGUAGAAGAUGUGGGAAGUCCCCUCAAAUAUGAGUUCCAGGUAAGCCCAGUAGGGGAGGGCCUGGCGGCCCUGGGCACCCUGGUUCUAGCUCUGGAGUGGCCCUAUGAAGUCGCCAAUGGCAAGUGGCUACUGUACCCAACGGAGAUCACCAUCCAUGGCAAUGGAUCCUGGCCCUGCCUUCCACCUGGAGACCUUGUCAACCCUCUGAACCUCACUCUGUCUGAUCCCAAGGACAGACCACCAUCUCCACAACGCAGGCGUCGACAGCUGGACCCAGAGGGUGGACAGGGCCCACCACCUAUUACUCUGGCUGCUGCCAAAAAAGCCAAAUCUGAGACUGUGCUGACCUGUGCCACUGGCCGUGCCCGCUGUGUGUGGCUGGAGUGCCUCAUUCCUGAUUCCCCCACCAUCACCAAUGUGACUGUGAAGGCCCGGGUGUGGAACAGCACCUUCAUCGAGGAUUAUAGAGAUUUUGAUCGAGUCAGGGUAGAUGGCUGGGCUACUCUGUUCCUGCGAACCCACGUCCCCACUAUCAACAUGGAGAACAAGACCACGUGGUUCUCCGUGGACAUUGACUCUGACCUAGUGGAGGAGCUGCCAGCUGAGAUCGAACUGUGGCUUGUUCUUGUGUCUGUGGGCGCCGGGCUGCUGCUGCUGGGCCUGAUCAUCCUUUUGCUGUGGAAGUGCGGUUUCUUCAAGCGAGCCCGCACUCGUGCCCUGUAUGAAGCCAAGAGGCAGAAGGCGGAGAUGAAGAGCCAGCCUUCAGAGACGGAGAGGCUGACCGACGACUACUGAGGGGGACAGCCCCCACCCCGGCCCACCUGGUGUGACUUCUUUCAGCGGACCCGCUACUACCGGAUCAUGCCCAAGUACCAUGCGGUGCGCAUCCGGGAGGAGGAGCGCUACCCACCUCCAGAGAGCACCCUGCCCAUCAAGAAGCACUGGGUGACCAGCUGGCAGACUCGGGACCGAUACUACUGAUGUUCUCCCCCAUCUUUCCCUACUCCUUCCUCACCACGCCCCUCCCCCUCCAUGCCCUUUCUUCCUAUUUAUCAUAACUUAUGCCUCCAAUGGCCCACCGGGGCCACUGCCUUUGGCUGGUACCAGCAGGCUCAGGCACACGCGCCCCUCCCCUCUUCAGGCACAGGCCUGUGCUGUCUGGCUGCGGGUACCUCCCUCAGGGCCUCACAAUGCUGAGCACGCCGCAGCCCUGCACCCUGGACACACGUGGGACCCACUGCUCAUGGCCUGUGUUUGCGUACCAUGUCCCAGCCUCUGCCUGUGCCAAAACUAAGCCAAAGGACCUCUGCCAGAGCUGGAAGGAAAAUGUCCCGGAUGUGGUGACAACUCCCCUUCCACACUGGAUCCAACUUGAGCCAUAGUCACUGGACUUUUGCUGUCCAGAGGAAAACUACUGACCGGUAGCUGCUGACCUGGCCCAGCUGCAACUCCCAGGCACCCACCACAGAGUUGGGUCCCAUAGAGGACUGUCGGGGGCGGGGAGGGGCGGGGGAGGGAAGCAUGCUCACAGGCACUGAAUUCAGACCCAAGAGCCACUAACUAGAAAGCAUUUUCUUUCAUGGGUUUCUGAAGCUUCUCUCCUUGGCUCCGACUGGACUGGCAGGGAACGCAGUCCAAAGGAACAAAGAAAAACUGUGGGCAGCCUGGACACACUGUGCUAGGACACCUCAGGAGACCAGAGAGGCUAGUUCUGGCUAGGCAGAUGUUGGCCGGAUGCAGAAAGCAUUAAUUCAGACCACCACCACCCCAGCCUCAGCCGGGCCUGGAGAGAUCCCACUGGGAACAAAACUUGAAUGUAGAACCAGGAGGGAGUCCCUCCCCUGUCCCAGCCAGCCUAACCUACUCUUUCCACUGACUAGGGUCGGAGUCUAGAGUCUCCUUGGCUGUUCUUGACUCUCAGAGCAACCUGGCUCUUGCCCUUUCUGUACCCCAGGACCCAUCUAGCAGUUGAGAUUGGUUCCCAAGACACCUCCUGACCCCUGCUCACUGGCAGGCCCACUCCCUAACAACUCCACCUCUCCAUGGUACUGUAGCAGGGGGGGCUAUCCCCCCCCCCUUGUGCCUUCUUUGUAUAUGGGCUUCUCACAGCUACCAAUAAAUAGCUCCCAAUUUGUA